UCACGUGACCAAAAUCAAGCUUGGGUUUACAUUUUGAUUGGUUGUUCGUUCUUGAAGAUUUCUUCUGAGAACUCGCUUGUGUCCGUGUGUCGUAAGCUCGCGCGUGGAUUAUUUUGUUCUAUUCGAUAUCUUGAAUUAAAAAUUGUUUAAAAUGUCUUCUAAAACCAAAAAGACUGUAACUUCUUCGUCGAACAUAAGUGUCGUAUCUUCAGUGCAAAGCCCCCCUCAAUCAAGCACUCCUGUUGGCAGCCGCCCUUCCAGUUCAGCCGGCCGGCCGAGUAGCCCGCUAAGCCCUACAAGACAUAGCCGCCUUCAAGAGAAAGAUGCUUUACAAAACCUCAAUGAUCGUUUGGCGGCAUAUAUCGACAAGGUACGUCAACUUGAGAGUGAGAACUCAGGUUUGCGCCGGGAGAUCCAAACAACACAGGAGGUUGUCACCCGUGAAGUUUCAAAUAUAAAGGGAAUGUAUGAACAUGAACUCCAAGAUGCCCGAAAACUUCUAGAUGAUACAUCCCGUGAGAAAGCAAAAUUGGAAAUUGAUUUGAAGAGGUUGUACGAAGAAAACGACGACCUAAAGAAACGCUUGGACAAGAAGACCAAGGACUGCACGCAAGCAGAGAACCUUGCCCGGCACUACGAGACUCGCUUCACGGAGGAGAGCAACAAGUACAACACCGCUCUUGCCGACAAGAAGAAGGCUCAGGAUGAAGCCAGGGACCUUGCCAAGGAGUUGGAGAAGUUGCGCAAAGUGUACGCUGACACCCGCAAGACCCUGGAAGAAGAGAUGCUGUGCCGCAUCGACAUGGAGAACACCGUGCAGAGCCUGCGCGAGGAACUCUCCUUUAAAGACCAGGUGUUCCAGCAGGAGCUGCAGGAGACGCGCACCCGCCGACAGGUGGAGAUCUCAGAGAUCGAUGGUCGUUUGGCCCAACAGUAUGAAGCCAAGCUGCAGCAAAGUCUUCAAGAGUUGCGUGAACAGCAGGAGGCCAACAUCAAGGCCAAUCGCGAUGAGAUCGAGGCACUCUAUGAGAACAAGAUGAAGAACCUGCAAGGUGCCGCGAGCCGCAACAGCCAGGCGGCGACGGUGGCGGUGGAGGAGCUGCGCACCAUGCGCACGCGCAUCGACAGCCUCAACUCGCAGCUCAACGACCUCGAGAACAAGAACGCGGCGCUCAGCAACCGCUGCCGCGAAUUGGAACGUCAGCUGGAAUCUGAGCGUGCUCGUCACGCCGAAGACUUGGCGUCAUUGGAGCAAGAAUUGGCUCGUUUACGUGACGAGAUGGCCGCCCAGCUGCGUGAAUACGCCACUCUUAUGGAUAUCAAGAUAUCGCUGGACCACGAGAUUGCCACCUACCGCACUCUUCUGGAGGGAGAGGAAGACAGGCUGAACCUGACCUCCCAGUCCCCGGGGCGCGAGUCGCGCGCGUCGGCCGGCGGGAGCGGGCGCCUGACGCCGGGCCGCCGCGCCACGCCGCUGCGCGCGCGCAAGCGCACUCUGCUGGAUGAAAGCGAGGAGCGCAGUCUGCAGGACUUCAGCGUCACUUCCAGUGCUAAAGGAGAUUUGGAAGUGGCAGAAUCUUGCCCAGAUGGAACUUUUGUCAAAAUACGCAAUAAGGGAAAGAAGGAGCAAAGCCUUGGCGGCUAUCAAAUUAUUCGCAAAGCGGGCGACCAAGAGACGGUAUUCAAAUUCCACCGCACCGUGAAGUUAGAACCGGGCGCGAUCGCUACUGUGUGGUCAGCGGAUGCUGGGGCCGAUCACGAUCCGCCGAGAGAUAUCGUCAUGAAGGGACAGAAGUGGUUCGUGGCCGAUUCCUUCACCACGGCGCUGCUCAACACCGACCAAGAGGAGGUGGCGGUGUCCGAGCGGCAGCGGCGGCAAAUCAGCACGAGCGCGCAGAGACAUCGCGAACUCGCGCACAAGUUCCCGCGCCGCGAACAGCUGGGCGAGAUCCGUGAGGGCGAAGAGAACUGCCGCAUCAUGUAACGCAGCGGCGCCCCAGCCACCACCGGUGCCUCACGCUUCCCGGAGCGACGCAUUCUGCCCUGUGGGCAACCUCCCUCACCGCUACCCCUCUCUACCACUGAUGAUCUUUUGCGUGCUUGCCGCAUCAGCCAUACUGUAAACCACUUCGUUCGGUGAUACGCGUACUGUUUUGUAAUCGUGCUUAUAUUUCCAUGAAAAGAUCUUUUGAGUGUUUUGUGUAAGCAGCGUAUGUUGCAAAAUAAUCGGUAACCACUUAACAUAAUGUAGAUCGUAUCUGCCUGCUUUUUAUAUUUAAAAAAAAAGAACAUCGUGUGAAUUUCACCUCAGUAGAUAUUUGUUUUAUGUUAGAAUUAAAAACGCGUAUAUCGGCACAGUGAGGCGACACACUUAGCUAGCCACCCUUUUUAUUUACAUAUGAGGUAUAACAUGUCGGUAUGUUUGGGUGUAUUCAGGGAGAUUUUGCUCUGAAAAUCUAAGACGUUCAUCCAAAGAUCUGGAGAGAGAACUUUAGAAAGACUACACAGUGCCCCCUCACUGGAUUUACCCGAUCUUUACCAUGUAUUGCUUUAUAUUAUUAAUUUAUUUCUAUUAUGAAAUAAGAUGAGUUCACCUGUGACUCGUAUUGAAUGUAUUAGUGGAAAAUAAAAUUAGUGGCUUGUUCAGUUCAGGCAAGUGAGAGAUCACAAAGCAGACACUUCACUGCCAUGUAAGGCAUUUUCCUAUUCCUUUUAAAGUCAGUGAACAAAGUACAAAUUACGUUCACGUUUGGUAAGUAUUGAAUAAUGAAGAUUUAUAUUGUAAACUCCCACCCAUUCACGACACAUGCACUAGUUUGUAAGUAAUUUUAUAUUGAUAAUUAUCAAAGAGUAUCCAUCUGAUAUCAGAGCAAAUGGUGUAGAUUAAAUCUACUAAUAUUCAUAAUUCUUAGUGAUGUUGGACUAGAAAAAUCAAUGUAUUAGGUUAAGUUACUUUUGACUACAUGUCACAUUAGUAUUUAGGUAACAGCGUCCUUAUUCAAAUUUAUUAUACAUACAGGUGCAAGUCUCAAAUUAUCAAGCUCUCAUUUGUCAGAAAGUUAUAAUAAAGUAAUAGAGGUAAUAUAAAUAUAUUUCAUAAAAUAAGUAUUUUAUUGCAUUUGUUUGUAUUUUUAAUGUAACCAUGGUAUUUUAUAUUUGGUAAUAUUAGUAUUUUCUUUUUGUUUCGAAUCACAGAGAGGAUUGAAUCUUGAUUGUAUUUGUUUGGUAAAUGAGUAUUCAUGAGACCUUUUUAAUUUGGACCCAGCUUAACUUUUUCUACUUAUAAAUUGAAACAUUAUUAAUAUUACAAAUAAAAUAAUAUUUAGGUUUACAUAAGUGUUUUUUAUUUAUA